CAGCCGGUGAAAAUAAGAAAGUGUAGUUUAAUACAAUUUGUUUGCUGUUGUCUGUAUCAUACCGACAAAAAUGGAACAUAAUAUAUGUGAUACGAUUAUACCCACGUUAGUGGCUGCUGUUGAGACUGUAAUGAAUCCCGAUGUUGCACACAGUAAACGUCUUGAAGCUCAUAAGAUUUGUGAAAAUUUCAAAGAAUCCUCCCCAUUUUGUCUACAGUGUGGACUGGAAUUGUCACAACAGCAGUAUCCCCCAAUUUUGCGCCAUUUUGGACUCCAGCUGAUUGAAUAUUGUGUAAAAUUCAGAUGGAAUAACUUAACCCAUGUAGAAAAAGAUCUUGUGAAGAUUAACUCUUUACAGAAUAUUAAUAAAGGUACCUGUGGAAUAUUGUAUGAAGAACUACACAUCAAGGAUGGCAUUGCCCGGAUUGUAGUUGAAGUCAUAAAGAGAGAAUGGCCACAGUGUUGGCCAACUUUGUUGAAAGAUCUGCACACACUUUCACUAAGUGGGGAAACCCAGACAGAGCUGGUUUUAAAAGUAUUUCAUCGAUUGGUGGAAGAUAUUGUUGUGUUUUGUCGUCUUCCAAAUCAUCGACGGCGGGAAGUAUUGCAGGCUCUCACUGCACACAUGUCAGAUCUGUUUCAGUUCUUCUAUGAAGUUUUAGAUUUGUACACAAACAAAUUCCACACACUAUCAUCAAGUGAGCUAAAGCAGGACAAAGAGGCUGCAAUGGCCGCGUGUCGCGUGAGUGAAGCUGUUCUCACGACACUGACCGGCUUCGUGGACUGGGUCAAUAUGAGUUUCAUCAUGGAAAGUGGUGGCUGUUUUCUUAAAAUCAUAUGCAUGCUCCUCAGUGAUGAUGCCUUGCAGCUGCUUGCUUCCGAAUGUCUCUUGCUCAUAGUCAGCAGAAAGGGAAAACUGGACGAAAGGAAACCUUUGCUGUUGCUAUUUAGUGAAGAGGCUAUGACGCCAAUAUUGACUGCUGCUGGAUCAGCAGACCAGUCACCACAGUCAGAGAAGUAUAUUUUUCUGAAGCGACUAUGUCAGCUGUUAACAGAACUUGGAAAACAGCUUUGUGCAUUGUGGGGUUCCACUGAGCAUGUGGGUCAGCCAAUGAAUUUCGACACCUAUCUCGAAGCUCUGAUGGCAUUCUCAAAGCAUCCUAGCCAGAUGCUAGGCAGCUACACCCAGUCCCUCUGGGUGUCUUUUCUUCGGCACGAACAGAUAUCACAAAAUGCGUUAAUGAAGGAGUAUCUGCCACGUAUCAUCCGAUGUUCAAUGAAAACUCUGCUCAAGAUUGGGUUUCCAAGUCAGUCAAAUUCCCAGAGCUGUGAUUACGCACGACUGGACUUUGAUAGUGAUGAAGAAUUCAGCAUGUUCUUCUCCAGGUACAGAGCUGACACUUGCGCCAUUCUACGACAAGCAACACUGCUGGAUCCGAAAGUUUCAUUUUCUCUGGCCAUGGAGUGGUUGCAGUCCCAGCUUCAAAAACCUAUAGACACUGGAGGUGCUUUUGAGUUCAGGCACUGUAAUCUGAAUUCUCCAUCAUUCCUCGAGUGGGAUGCACUAACGGUAUUUCUCGAGUGUGUCAUGACUCGAUUACCACUGUCGGAUAAAAACCAGCCUGACCUCAGCCAGGGAAUGGUGCUCCUACACAACGUUCUCAAGUAUGAGACGCAGGAUCCUCUGAUUCUGUCCUGUCUGAUGUCUUGCGUGUCUGCAUUCUUCCCAUUUGUAACUGAAAGAAGUGAUAUUGUGCUUGUGCUUGAAAAGAUAUUUGGAGCUGUGGGGUUCAGCCUGGUAGGUCAGACGAAAGGGACACGAAGUCGAGGUGUGAAGAAUGUCCGUCAGCAUGCUUGCUCGAUCCUUGUCAAGAUCUGCCGACAAAACACAGAUCUAUUGUUUCCGGUGUUUGACCUGUUGUACAGCAAUGUGAAGAAGAUGAGUGAGGACCCAGAGCAGUUGUCACAGAUGGAGAAAUGCAUUUUGAUGGAGGCUCUCAUACUUGUUAGUAACAAGUUCAACAAUUUUGAGAAACAAUCCUCAUUUAUUGAAGAGGUGCUGCAGCCUGUCAAAGAACUGUGGAUGUCGCCUAAUUUCACAAAAGCAUUCAUUGACUCAGCCAAGUUUAUGUCGUACGUUGGACUGGAUCAAGCCCCAGUAGAGCCAAGUUCAGCUGAUACAUGUGGCAUUAACAGAUCUCACAUAUCCUACUGUAUUAGCAUGAUUUUAGCUGUCAUGAAGCGUUCUAAGUGGCCAGAUAACGAAACCGUUGCAGCUGCAGGUGGAUUUGUGAGUGGAACUCUGUCUGAUGGUAGCUUUAUUUUGAAGAAUCCAGCAACAUCGCACAUCCGUGAACUGCUGAACAACCUGUUGGCUCUUCUCAAAGCGUCAUGUCAACUGUGGCUCCCGCAGUUUUUGAGCCUACGCCAUCCUGAUUAUGCCUUGGCAUAUGACUUGCAAGAAAAUGAUAAAUUUGCCAUCCUUGGAAUCCCACCACCUUGCACUGACAACACCAGUUCAACCAAAUCCAAACAUCCACUGGAACGAAUGCAGAAUUUCCUCACCACAGUCUUUGAAAAUGGUUUUCACAUUUUAGGAAAUGCUGGUCUGUGCUUGGGCUACGAAUUCUACACAGCGCCAAAUCUGGCACAAUAUCUUCUGGAGUCCAUCUUCAAUUGUGUCCAAAACAUGCCUGACUACAGAUUUAAACCUAUCAUUCGGGUGUUCAUGAAACCAUUUGUGCAGAAUUGUCCAAAGGAGUGUCUCACUACUGCGGUCAUCCCCGUGUUGUCCAAACUGUGUCCGUACAUGCUGGAUAGGCUGGGUUCACGAUGGCAGGAGAUAAACCAGAUGUAUGAUACAGCACAAAAUGGGAAUGAGAAAGAACAAGAGGAAACUGAAGUGAUUGAAGACCAGCUCACAAGACAGCUAACGAGAGAAUAUAUAGAGCUUCUGGGUAUCAUGUGUUUCACUCGGCGAGGUCACGUGGAGUCGGUUGUGUCAGAUGAGAUGGAUAUGGAGGAUGACAGCGCGGUGGCAGCAAGCAACUCCAACCGCCACAGCGACAACCUCAGUGAGCUCGGACAGCUGUGUAUGAGAACUGACGGUCCAUUUCCUGCCGUAUUCUUAUGUGUGUUUGUCAGUCUGUCGUGGAAUGACACCGCCACUUGUAACAAAUGUUCAACUCUUUGUUUGCCAAUGCUUAAACAGGUUGUGGCCAACAAUAUGAUGACAGCGGAGGCAGCUGCAAAUGUGUUCUCGUGUGUUCUGGCGGGAUUGCAAGUCCACGGCCAGCAUGAAUCAUGUCAGGCUCAGCUGCUCUUUCUUGGACUACAAGUCUAUGAAGUACUGAGACCCUUGUUUCCAGAAAUUAGUACGGUGCUUCUACAAAUUCCACAUGUAACUGAACAUGUUGUUAAGUCUUUUGAUGAGAAAAUUCUGCCAUGUAAUCCACAGAAACAGAUAUCAGAGAAGAAGAAGAAAGAGGCUUUUAAGUGCCUGGUUUAUGAAAUAAUCGGGAAAAAUGUGGGACAGAAAUUCCAGAGGGAGAUUCACUACAAAACACUGCCACCAAUGUUCAGGAAGAAGCAGAAACAGCCAAGCUUGGACGAUGUCGAGAAGAAGGACAUGGGUCUGUGUGAACUCUUCAAGUCUGAACCGUCAGAAGUGUGUUGAACAGAAUCACAGAUACUGCUAGGGAAGAGAAUUCUGAAGCAUUUGUCUCAUGAACUGUAUACACAGUGUUGUUAAUCAGUGACUGCAAUGUGGAGACAACACAAUUAGAAGAGUUGGGCAAACGAUGUGAAUGACUUCUAGAAAACAAACUACAUGUUUUUGUAUUGGGUUUUUUUUAAAGAUAUUUUAUGUUGAAUGAUUAAUUAUGUAUGUAUUGCAACAUACUAAUAACAUUAUUUUAUAAAUAUUAUACGAAAAGUACAACUUUUUCUUUUAAAUUUUAAAUGUUUUAAAAUUCAUAGUAACAAAGAUUUGUGCCAAAUAUUUUAUUGCAUUUAGUGGAAUCUUUCUUGUAUAUUUUUGGCAUUUUUAUUUUAAUUUCUGAAGUCUGGUAUUUCACAAAUUAAUAGACUUAAAUACCAAAUGCUUUAAAAUUACUCUCUUUUUUUUCUAAUAUUAAAUAAGUAGCUAAUAGAUUUAAACAUUCCAAUAUGAAAUAACAAUGACUAGCCAAUUUAAUUUCUUUUUUAAUUAAAUUAUGAACAGCUCAUAGAUUUAAAUUUUAAAAUACCAAAGCUUUUUAUAUUGUUUUUCCAUUAUGAAUUAACACGCAGGUAAUGUUUUAGGAUUAAGAAUGCAGAUGGGUUAACAAUUUAGUAUGAUAAAAAUAUUUUUCUGUUGAUCAUUAUUUAAAACCAACUACUAAUAUUGUGCCUUUGUUUUUAUACAUGAGGGGAAGUGGCUGUUUGUGAAUGUGGUGGUGUUUUUGUUUGUCCGAACCACAUAGUUCACAACUACAAUAAAUUAUUUUCCUGCCUUUAAUUACAAUUAGAUUUUAUCUCAUUUUGUCUAGACAUAAAUUGUGGAAAAAAAAUCCCCCCAAAUUACUGUAACAUUGACACAGAUUCCGCAUACCAGAUUGUGACCAUGUCACCAAUACUGACUUCACCGAGAUCUUCUAGGACAGAAAGCAAGAAGGGUGGAAUGAUGUGAUGUAACUUAACGUCAUAGCAUGCACUAAGGUAUGUAAACAUUACGUCAGAGUUAUAUAUAUCAAAAUCAGCUUCCACAAUCUUCUACCCACCCCACUUGAAGAAUAUUCCAUUAAAAAAAGGCACAAUGGGAGCUGGCAGAUGUUUAUGCAUGCUUUUUGUUCUAAGAGAUCUCUGUAAAGUUGAAUCUGGAAUGUGGGGUCUGUGUCAUUGUAAUUAUUUUUUAAUGAUUUAGGUCUGGACAAAAUGUGGAUAAAAUGUAAUGGUCAUUAAAGAGUAAUUUAUUGUGGCUUGUGAACUAUGUGGUUCAUACUUUAAAAGGAAGAACACUCCCCAAACACACAGACACUUUUUAGUGGAUAAAAAUUAAAAACAUGUUGGUGUAAAUUAUUACAUGUAUAUUGUUUGAUGGAAUUAACAUAAUUAAUUGCUUAUUAUAGGGUUUUUUCUAUUUUAGAUUUAUUGUCACUUCACUGCACUGAGAUAAUGAAUUUACCAUAUUUAUCAUCAGUUGCAAAAACUGGAAAAGUAAUUAUUCAUUAUUGCUUGAUUUUUCAACCAAAUAUAUGUACUAAAUAUUUUAUUUCAAUAAAGAUGUUGUAUAUG